AUGUCCAAGAGUGACUUCAGCCAGAAUCUGCUCGCCAGCAGCCGCAAGCCUCAGACGGCUGCCGAGAAGAUCCCCAUCAUUGCUCGGGGUGCUGUCAGUGAUCGAGCAAAGGAGACUCUGAACUUGGUAGAAAAGUUCGUUGAGGAAGAAUGCGUUCCCGCAGACGUACUCUUCCACGCACAGGUGGGGGAGGGCGAGAAAAGAUGGAGCACAUACCCACCCGUAAUCGAUGAAUUGAAAGCCAGGGCUAAAAAGCUGGGACUUUGGAAUAUGUUUCUACCCAAGAAUCACUUCAAGGAGGGGGCAGGCUUCUCGAAUUUGGAGUAUGGGUUGAUGGCAGAGUAUAUGGGGAAAUGCAGGACAGCUUCUGAGGCCACCAACUGUGCAGCACCAGAUACUGGUAACAUGGAGGUUUUGGCGAAAUACGGCAACGAGGCUCAAAAGAAGCAAUGGCUCACUCCGCUUUUGAACGGCGACAUCAGAUCCGCUUUCCUCAUGACCGAACCAGAUGUUGCGUCUAGCGAUGCUACGAACAUCACAUUAUCUAUGACAAAACAAGGCAAUGACUACAUAUUGAAUGGCUCGAAAUGGUGGAGCAGUGGCGCCGGCGACCCACGAUGCAAGAUCUACAUAGUCAUGGGCAAAAGCGAUCCCAACAACUCAAAUGUAUACAAGCAACAAUCCGUGAUCCUUGUCCCAGCAGGCACCAAAGGUGUAACCGUCAAGCGAGUCCUAUCCGUCUACGGCUACGACGACGCUCCUCACGGCCACGCCCACAUCACCUUCGAGAACGUCCGCGUACCUGCCUCAAAUAUGGUCCUCGGCGAAGGCCGCGGCUUCGAAAUCAUCCAAGGCCGUCUUGGCCCCGGACGCAUUCACCACGCCAUGCGCUCUAUCGGCGCCGCAGAAAAAGCCUUGGAUUGGAUGAUUGCCCGCGUGAACGACCCUACCAAGAAGCCGUUUGGCAAAUUGCUCGCUGAGCACGGCGUCAUACUCGAAUGGAUUGCCAAGUCCCGCCUUGAAAUCGACGCCGCCCGCCUGAUUGUGCUCAACGCCGCUAUGAAGAUUGAUGAAAAAGACGCGAAGAGUGCUCUCAAAGAGAUCGCGGAGGCGAAGGUCAUGGUGCCCCAAAUGGCAUUGACGGUCAUCGAUCGGGCUGUCCAGAGUUAUGGAGGGGCGGGUGUGUGUCAGGAUACGCCGCUAGCAAAUAUGUGGGCGCAGAUCAGGACAUUAAGGAUUGCGGAUGGCCCUGAUGAGGUGCAUCUACAGCAGAUGGGGAAGAAUGAGAAUAAGAGGGGCGCGGAGGUUAGGGAGAAGUUGGAUAGGCAGAAGCAAAUGGGGGAGAGGUUGUUGAGGGAGAGUGGGGUGCAGCAGAAGUCGAAGUUGUAG